AUGAUGGAGCUCGACACGCUGCGUGACAAAGUCGAGAGAGCUGCGAAGAUCCUCAAGGAUCGCAUCUCGAUUGACGCCGAUGCGUUUUCGAGCGAUUUCGCCAACGUCCCUUGGGACAACCAUUUAAUGACGCUCUUGCACCACGGAGACGAGUACAUCCAUGGAGACUCGAUAUCCUCGAAGAUCAAAGCCGCGAAGAAGGAGCUUUUGAUGCACCCCGUGAUGCGCUACGUCGUGUCUCUUGGGUGGCGGAAGUUUGGUCUGCGCAAGUACUGCGAGCAGCUCUUCAUGCACUUGCUCUUGCUCUUGACGCUCACGGUGUCGCUCGGGCUCUCGCUGGGGACCGCGACAGGUCCCAAAUUUGAGAAAGUCUUCAUGUUUUGGCUCGUCUGCAUGUCAUUCCUUCUUUUGUCGCUGCUCGCGACGCGCUUCUUGACGUGGAAGAACAAGGUGCCGUGCGCUUGGCUGACGCUCGUGCUGUGGUACGGCGUCGUCGCGGGCGUCCUCAUUUACUACGACACGCUGCUUGAGCUUCUCGAGUCGCAGGAGCUGCCCAAAGCUAGCGACUUGGAGUGGUUUGGUCGCAUCAACAACAUUCUCCUCGGGCUCUCGGCGCUCUACUUUUGCAUCUUUGAGCUCCGCGAGUUUGCGGCGGAUAUGCCGGACAAAGACGAUCGCCGUGACAUUCUCGGCCGCUGGCUCUGCGCUUUGGACUACAUGCUCACGUCGAUCAUCAACUUGUUCAAGGGUGACCACCCGUCGCCGUACCUCGAGUCGUACUGGAAUCGCAUCCAGCUCCCAACCUUCUUCUUCGUCUUUGUCUACGUCGGCUGCGAGUUUACGGCGCCGUUCUCGGACAAUAUGCGUGUUUACGCUGGCAUUCCGGCCAUCUUGCUGCUCUGGAUCAUGUGUGUCCAGUACCUCGAAGUCUUCCCCGCCGUCGGGUACCUCCUCCCGAUGAUGCGGCGCAUGCUCGCCGACGUCGCUUGCUACUUGGUCUUUUAUUUUCCGAUCCAGUGCGCGUACUCGAGCGCGUACUACCUCCUCUUCAAGAGCCAGGGCGACCACCUCAAGCCGUACGAGCCCGAGCCAGCGUUCGCGUCGAACUUUACGAGUGCCAUGCACCGCUUUUUCCCGGGCGUCGACACCUCCGACAACGCAACGACGAUGGCGCUCCUUACGGUCCUCAAGACCAAGGACAAGUCCGACAUGUUCCUAGGCUACGAGACGAUGCCCAAGAGCUUCCUCACCACGUACCUCGUCACCUUUGGCCAAAUCAACUUGGAGCCGUUCGACCAGCUCGAGUCACCGUCGGCGUAUGUGCUCGGCUACCUUCUCUUGGUCACGCACGCGACCAUCGUGAUCGUCAUGCUCCUCAGCGCCCUCAUUGCGAUGAUGAACAAGACGAUGGGCGCCCACAUGGAUGAAGCCAAGCUCGAGGCGUGCAUCACAUUCGCCGAGUGCGUUUCCCGUAUGAGAAAGGUCGAUACGAUUACGGUAAGCAAGAUCGAUUGGGACAACCUGGGCUAUCAAAAACUGUACGAUGACACUAUGGCCGAUGACAAGUAUGACAAGAUCCCCAGUAAUCAAGAGCUGCUCAAGGCGAUAACGGACCUUACCAAAGUUGAAGCUCCAGCCGAGGGCCAGGCUCGUCGGCGCAGUGCGGGAGGGUUAGUAUAA